AUGUCAUUCAACCUGGUGUUUUUCAAUGGUGACGUCCGGCGGGACAAAAAGCAAGAGGCAAUGUUAAAUAGCAUGGUAAGAAGAGGAAAAUCAAGGAAAAUGAAGAAUCUUGCUGAAAAAAUUGAGAAGAAUAUUCAGAAUUUGAAGAUUUUUGAGCGAAAAUUUGGAACUUUGAAUGAAAAUUUCAGAUUAAACGCACGAGGAAACUUUCUGCAAAGUCUGGCGGAUAUGGAAAAACAACGAACAAAGAAUGAGGAACAGACGAAAGCAGUGAGGAAGAUUCAGAAGAAAUGGAGAGGAUUCAGAGCAAGACACUUUUUGCGGCUACAGUUCAGAGCACAAUUCGAUGCGAUUUCUGAUGGGCACAGGGGGCUGGAGAACUCCAAUUAUCUGAAUUUUCAGAAAAUUCUUCAAAUGGCCCAACUGCUCGUCAACUUCUACGAGACCAAUAAAGACGAGGAACGUCUGGUGAUGACUCUGGUGGAAUUGGUGAAAGCAAGAACCGCCAACCGGGCUUUCGAACAACAAAUCCGAGAUUCUCAACGAUUUCUAUUGGCCAGAUGCUGUGUGAAAUUUCUGGAUCACGCUGAUGAGAAUACCAUUUUCUUCCAUGUGUUCAGAUUCCUGGAAGACUUUGUGACUUGCCACUCCCAUCUCUACGAAGCGAUCUCGCAACACGGUCUCUUCGACGCCGAAUUCCAUCUUCUGGAGGCGCUGAUCGGAAAACCAGAAGACGUUUCGAUUCAGAAGAAGCCCAUCCUGCCACGUCAUCUGCAAUUGCUCACCAGAAUUUUCGACGUUUUUGUGUUUCAGAAUCCAGCUCGCACGACGCCGGUCUCUGUGCACGUCGCCGAUCGCCUGCUGAAAACGAUAUGUGUAAAAAUUAGUGAUCUCAACUUCGCCAACUACAUUCUCUACUAUAUCCGAGAUCAUAUCCGGCUCAGUGGCACACAACAUGUGAAUCCAAACUCGUCAGUCAUCUAUGAAGCCGGGAAAUCUGCAAAUGUGAUUCAAAAAUGGAAGCUCCGGCCAGAAGAAGUGGAAACCGCUUCGAUUCGUCUUCGAGCUGUAUUCCUGUCGUUUGUGGAGAAUGUGAACAAAACGAAUUCAGAAUCGCUGAAGCAGUUGUUUGAUUCACUGGCUCUCGUACUGGAUCAACAUGCGACGAUCAUGAAGACGUUGAAUGUGAAGGAGGAUUUGACGGAAAAUGGACGACUGAGAACAGCAGUGAACCAGUACAUAUGGGAGUAUUCGAAUGGAAUUCUGUCAUCGGUGAACUUUAGGAGAGCCGCGUGUGCUUAUGCCAACACCCAGAAUGUCAACGUCACCUCACUCAUCCCGAUGCGAAAACAUUUCACAGAAUGCAUGGAUCUUCUCGCAUCGUCUGAUACGUUUUUGGAGGCUCUCUACACAUUCAUCACUUCCUCCGAGCGAUUCGAGCCAGACGACUGCUGUACACAACGAAUCAACGCCCUUGAACUGUUCUGUAACUGCUUGAACAAACGAAUCUCCUCAGUCGCCGACUCUGACUUCAUCCCCACCUCGAUUUUCCCUCAUUUCGACGCUACAGUCGAAUUCGUUCGUGACGUCUCCAUCAAACUGAUUCAUUCGAUGUUUCCGGUCUAUCAACGUGGCGAGCCAGGCGUCGUUCGGAAUCAGUUUAAGGAUGUUACCGAUGCGGUCUUCUCGUUUUUGGGAGCGAUUUAUCAGAAGGACAUUCGUCUGAAAUACUUUCCAGAGGGAUUUUGGACGAAUCAUGGAAGAGAGGUUUUUGUGGGGAUUGGACAUCAGGCGAGGACGACGCCAAGGAAUCGGAGACAACAACCGAUGCGAUCGGAAUUCGUCGAGCGGCUCGCGGAGCUCUACGAAGAAGAAGGCGGUGAUUCAGAUGACGAAGAGCUGAUGGAACGAAACGCAAGGGAAAAAGUGCCGACGGCUCUUCAACGUGGAAUUUGUAUCAUGAAGAAUAUCCCAUUCAUCGUCCCGUUCAUGGAUCGAGUACAGCUAUUCAAUCGACUGGUGUCACAGGAGCACGAUCGAUUUAUGGAUGUUUCGCGGAUGUUCAAUAAUUAUAAUACGAAUUUGACGGUCAGAAGAGAUCAGAUUUAUAUGGAUGCGUUUGAGAAGUAUAAGCCGAAAGCUGUGAAAGAUGAUGUGCGAGAACUAAAAGCGAACAUCCGUGUGAAGAUGAUCAAUUGGGCAGGAUCCAACGAGCAGGGUGUCGACGGCGGUGGCAUCUUCCGAGAAUUCCUCUCGGAACUCCUCAAAGACGCCUUCAGUGUGAAUCGCGGAUUUUUCACAGAAACCACAGAAUCCAAACUUCUGUAUCCGAAUCCAACGGCCAUCUAUCUCCUCGGUGCUGAUUGCCUGACUCACUAUCAAUUCAUUGGACGAAUGAUUGGAAAACUAAUCUAUGAACGACAACUUCAAGAAGUUCGAUUCGCCGAAUUCUUCAUUGCUCAGCUCUUCGAAGACCGUACCAAAGACGUGGAUCUACAGCACAUGAAGAGCUUUGAUCCAUUGAUCUUCAAGAAUUUGAAGGCGUUGCAAACGACUAGCGAACAGGAGCUGGACGAGUUGCAACUGGAUUUCAGUGUGGUCACUAGUGAUGUCGGAUUGGUUCGGACUGUAAAUCUCAAGCCAAACGGAUCGAAUCAACGGGUUACUGUAGACAAUGUGCACGAAUACAUUCGGCUUUAUGUGAACUACUAUUUGAAACAGAGGAUCGCCACAAUGGUCGGCGCGAUUCGUCGUGGCAUCAGUGAAGUCGUCAACAUCGAAUGGAUGAGCAUGUUCGCUCCACACGAACUACAAAUUCUUAUCGCUGGAUUUGAAGAGGUCUUCACAAUUAAAGAGCUUCAACAGAACUGUCAAAUCACCUUCGGAAUGGCAUCUUCAACGACGGACCAAGAUUUCAUUGAAAUGAUUUGGGAUGUGAUUGAUAAACUGUCGAAAGAUGAUAAAAUGGCGUUUUUGAGUGCCACGUGCAUGAAUUUGCUCCGUAUUCCGAAAUAUUCGAAUCGAACCAAAUUGGAGGAGAAACUUCGAUACGCAAUCAACUCUGGAGCCGGUUUCGAAUUGGCCUAA